AUGCCGAGAGGCCUCGACUGCGUUGCAGUCGUAAACGACCCUGUCUCCAAUACUUUGGAAAGCCAUUAUGAACCACUUGGUAGUUACAUAGAGGAUGGUCGGCCUCGUCGUGUCUCCUCGGUGGUUGUACAUGAUGCCGCGCUGGCUGAGGAGUUAGCGAAUCUCUAUUUUCGGUAUAUACACAUUACAUUUCAUAACAUCUUCCAUCGCGAAACUUUCAUGGCUCAAGUCAGAGACUCUUCUAUCCCGAAGAUUCUGUUCUUUGGCAUUGCAAGUCUGUCAGCGCGUUACUCGACUCAUCGCGUCUUUGCAUCUACCACGCCGUGGGACAGGGGAAGACCGUAUCGGGACGAGAUCAAGAGAUUGCUCGAUUUGGAGCAUACUUCAUUAAUUAGUAUCCAAGCUUGUCUAUUGCUCGCAGCAAAUGCUUCGGUCGAAGGAGAUUCUAGAACGGAGUCGGUCUAUCACGCAAUUGCUUCUCGCAUGGCCAUGCUGUUGGAUCUUCCAAACUUACCAACCGAGUCUCUUCUCGAGCAGGAAAUCAACAGAAGAGUAUGGUGGUCUCUUAUCACAACCGAGACAUGGUCAACUGCAACCCAAUCUCUCCCUAGGUUUAUACAACCACGGGACGCCAUCCCGUUGCCUAUGGACGAGCGCGAAUUUGCUUUGUUAACCCGUGAUACACCAGCAGCGUCGUUUGAACCGUCAAAUUGUGUAUCACCUGCUUGCAACUUCGAUCCUCAAUCUUUGGUCGCACAGAUGAUCCGACUUAACCUCUUGCUUUAUGAUAUAAUCCUCUUUCUCAACUCCCGAAUGAUGGAUGAACAAGGCGAACAUUCAAUCAUCAGAGAAUACGAUCAUCGGCUUCACGACUCUCUCGAUGAGUGGGCUAGCAAUAUACCUCCAAGACUUCGUUAUUCUGAUGAGAAUGUGACAUAUUGGGCUGGCAAGGGCUUCGGUGCCAUUUUUAUUAUACUGCAUAUCAAUUACAAUCAUGCUGGCCAACUACUAUUCUACCAACACCUGUACUCUACUCAAGAACAGGAUCAACUUGAUGACUUGACACAACAAUUUGCCGAGCGAUGCAAACAGCACGCAACAAAUCUAUGUGACCUCAUCUACAAGGCGAAGCAGCGAUCAGACACGGCCGUUCUGUAUCCGCUUGCUGGGCAUAUUCUAUGCCUGGCUUCCACAGUCCAAAUCCACACACUUCUCUUCGAAAUCGACGAUGAUGAGAUCGCCGCAGCUAAGAUGCGGUUAGAAAGAAAUUUCGAGAUGAUUUCAUCAAUGAACAACUACUGGCCUAUGAACCAUAUAUCUAUCAGCCGGUUGCAGCAUUUUCAUAAUGCCUGUCUUCGGAGCAAAAACGACUCAUUUCGUCCAGACGGUUGGAUGCUUCGAUUCUUAUUAGGCUUUACGCAGUAUGUUGAUGAUAGGGAUGAAGUUUGGACGUAUGGUCAUGGGGCGCUAAGCGAAUUCCAGUCCCUGAGAAAUCUCUUUGCUAUUUAG